GUCGUCCGCCGGGUUGAGCGACUGAAGCUGCCUGGGAGAGAAACAGCGAGGAGGGGAGAGGAAACGGAGCGAUAUGGCGAGCAUCAACAUGGGGCCGAGACCGCUGCUGCUGCUGGAGCUGGCGUGGGCUCUCCUGGCUCUCCAAGCGGUUUACGUCCGAUGUCUUAACGGCGAUGAGGACCAGAGCCAGGACACCGAGUGCAAGAUGAAGAGCGUCACCGUGUCGGCGCUGCCGUUUUUAAGAGAAAACGACCUGAGCAUCAUGCACAGUCCCUCGGCCUCUGAGCCCAAGCUUCUGUUCUCUGUUAGAAACGAUUUUCCCGGGGACGUGGUGGUGGUGGACGACCUGGAAAACACUGAGCUCCCCUUUUUCGUCUUAGAGAUCUCUGGGAACUCGGAGGACAUCCCUCUAGUGCGCUGGAGGCAGCAGUGGCUGGAGAAUGGCACUCUGCUCUUCCACAUCCAUCACCAAGACGGCAGCCUGAGCCUCCCAGAACCGACUGAGGAUCCAGCCAACGUCUCUACGAAAGAGGAGCUCCGCAUCCUGCACAUCUCUGUGAUGAGAAAGCAUUUUUCACAAUUGGUGGACUUUGGAGUUGAGCACCACUCCCAUGAGAAUUACUUCAUGAAGUGGAGCAGUUGUGAUGAAGUGAGUGACAACACCAAGUUGGCGCUAAUGAACAAAUACAAGGACAACAUCAUUGCCACGAGUCCCAUCGAUAGCAACCACCAGCAGAACACCCUGCUUCCCCACAAUACCUCCACCAGCCAACGCAAACGUCUCUCCAGCAACACCCGCGCGGGUUCAACAUUCUUGAACCCAGACGGGGACUCUGGGACGGAGGCAGACAGCGAGCCUCAGCUGGCCUUUUACACCGACCCAAACCGCAGUCGCCGCCGGAGUCGAGGUAUGAGAAAUGGUAAUGCCAACAGCGCGUGGGGCUCAGGGGCAGGUUCCCCCCGGAGCCCCAUCAAUAAGACCACCCUGACUCUGAUCAGUGUCAUCAGCUGCGUGAUUGGCCUGGUUUACUCCUCUCACCUCUCCUGCAGCCUCUCAGUCCGGGUAAUCUUACAUGUUCCGGAGCACCUCAUCGCUGAUGGGUCAAGGUUCAUUUUGCUCCAGGGGAGCCAGUUGGACGCUUCAGACUGGCUCAACCCGGCCCAGAUUUUGUUGUACUAUCAGCAGAAUGCCAGCGGGCCGUGGGUGAACGAGCUGUGUGGACGACGCCUCCUGGAUCCCUGCGAGCAUCAGUGUGACCCUGAGACAGGAGAAUGCCUUUGCUUAGACGGCUACAUGAAGGACCCGGUCCACAAGCACCUCUGCAUCCGCAGUGAGUGGGGGCCCAAUCAGGGUCCCUGGCCUUACACCAUCUUCCAGCGCGGUUUUGAUCUUGUGAUGGGAGAACAACCCUCUGAUCGCAUUUUCAGAUUCACGUACACCCUAGGAGAAGGGAUGUGGCUGCCAUUAAGUAAAAGCUUUGUCAUCCCCCCCGCUGAGCUCGCCAUCAACCCAUCAGCCAAAUGCAAGACAGACAUGACAGUCAUGGAGGAUGCGGUAGAUGUAAGAGAGGAGUUGAUGAUCAGCUCAUCGUUUGACUCUUUGGAGGUUCUCCUGGACUCCUUCGGACCUGUCAGAGACUGCACCAAAGACAACGGUGGCUGCAGUCGCAAUUUCCGCUGUAUAGCAGACCGCAAGCUUGAUUCCACUGGAUGUGUGUGCCCCCCAGGACUAAGUCCUAUGAAGGAUGGCACCGGGUGCUAUGACCACCACAUCGGCAUCGACUGCUCCGACGGUUUCAACGGAGGAUGUGAGCAGCUGUGUCUCCAGCAGUUGGCCCCUCUAGAGGAUGACCCGACGCUCUACAACAUCCAGAUGUUCUGUGGGUGCAUCGAAGACUACAAACGCGGUCCAGACGGGAGGUCGUGCCUGCCGCUGUCUGAGGCUUGCACUGAGGGAAUAGACUGUGGAGAAGUGCUUGAUAUCCCCGCCAACCAGACGGUGUUUGGAGACCUUUUCUACGGAUACAACAACCACACCAAAGAGAGCACCUCUGGACAGAUCCUCAAGGCCACAUUCAGGCAGAAGAACUUUGCCCGAGGCAUCGAACAGCAGCUCCCAGAUGGCAUGGUGGUGGCAUCGGUGCCAACAGAGGCUCAAUGCCACGAGGAGCUGUCAGACCCUGUGCCCGACCCAGAAUACCUCACAGGUAUGGUGAACUACAGCGAGGUGUCUGGUUAUCCGCUCGUUCAGCACUGGAAUCUUCGCUCUGUGCUCUAUCACGUCAAACUCAAUCAAUGGGUCCUCUCUCAAGCCUUCAGCUCCGCAAUUCAUUCUCUGGAUGGAGCCACACAGCGGAGCGACUUUGUCUCCAUCCUCAGGGAGUUUGGGAACCACUACGUGCAGGAGGCAGUGUAUGGCUUCCAGGAGUCCUGUACCAUCUGGUACCCCAACAAGCAGGUACAGAGGCAGCUGUGGUUGGAGUACCAGGACAUAAGCAAAGCUGCACAUUAA